UCACAAACCCGGAAACUCUUUUUUCCAUCGCUUAUUUUCAUCAACAAGAUGUCCUUCGUGUAGAUUUAAUUUUCUUUUCCUUAAUACCUUGGUUGUUUUUUUGUGUGACUAACGCAAAAACCUGUUUUAAGUAGUAUUCUAAAGGCCUAUUGAAAUGAGAUUUUCUUAUUUAAACUGGGAUAGCAGGUCCAUUCUAUGUGUCAUACUUGAUCAUUUCGCAACAUUGCCAUAUUUUAGCUGAAAGGAUUUAGUAGAGAACAUCUACGAUAAAGUUCACAACUUUCGGUUGUAAGAAAAAAGCCCUGCCUCUACCGGAAGUCGCAGACGAUGACGUCACAUGUUUGAUGGCUCCUCACAUAUUCACAUUGUUUUUCAUGGGAUCAUCCACAAAAAGUGCUAUUCGGACCGAGAAAACAACAAUUUCCCCAUUAAUUUGAGCGAGGAUGAAAGAUUCGUGUUUGAGGAUAUUGAUAGCGACGGACUAGAAAAAAACAAAGUAAAAAAAAAAAACGCGAUUGCAUUGGGACAGAUUCCGAUGUUUUUAGACACAUUUACUAGGUUAAUUCUGGGAAAUCCCUUAUCUUUCUAUUGUGUUGCUAGUGUUUUAGUGAGUUUAAUAGUACCUGAUAGUCGGAAGGGUGUCUCCACGGGUGUCUUGACGCCAGUGUCUCAGGGAAGUCGACGGCAGCUAUGGAUGGCACAAGCUCAGCUUUUCUCCGGUGGUGCAGUGAGGGCGGAGCCACCAUGAUGCAGCAGGACCCGUCCAAACCUUUGAGACCUGCAACCCGGCAGGGGUCCGCCCCUAUUUCCCCCGCACCCCUCAGCCUUUCCGUGAGCGAGGAGGUCUUCCUGAAGGCCGUGGCGCGCGGAAACGUUCCUCUGCUGAGGCGCAUACUGGUGGAGCUGCCCCACCUCCACGGCAACAGUAUGGACUUGGCGGACCAGAAUGCUUUGCAGCCGGGGGUCACCAAGCUCCUCCUGGAGAAGGAGGAGUUGAUGAGGCUGGGGGGCACCAUCAGCCGAGGUCAGGUAUGCAUGGUGGACACCAUCUUGAGCCAGCAGUCCUUGGCCCACGUGGACAGGCUGACUUCCCCCCCCAGUCAGGUGGACUUGGACCUCUUGUCCAGUGACAUCAUUCUGGCUUCUCAACGCCACGAAUACCAGAUGGUGCACCUGCUUCUGGCCCGGGGAGCCCGGAUCCAGCACCCGCACCCCCACCUGUGCCGGUGCAGCACCUGUGGCCUGCACCUGGACCCCUUCACACACUCGCUGUCCAGCAUCCACGCCUACCAAGGUCUCGCCAGUCCAGCUUACCUGGCGCUGUCCAACACAGACCCUGUCAUGGCGGCGCUGGACCUGAUCCAGCAGCUGGCGCUCUUGGCCCACACCGAGGUGGAGCUUAAGAAGGACUACCAGAACCUGUGGUCCCAGUGCCAAGACUUCCUGGUGGCCCUGUUGGACCUGUGUCAGACCACGGAGGAGGUUCAGGCCGUGGUACUCGGUCCCUCUAAGGACCUCAGCAGGUUGAAACUGGCCAUGAAGUACCAAGUCAAAAAGUUCCUGGCCCACCCCAACUGUCAGCAGCAGCUCUUGUCCAUUUGGUACCAGAACUGGUCUGGAAUCCGCCAGCAGACCACGGCGGGGAAGGUCCUGCUGGUUCUGGGGGUCUCUUUGGGCUUGCCUCUUCUGGCCUUGGCUUCCUGGAUUGCACCGUCCAGCAAGUUAGGCAAGAUCCUAUGUGGACCUUUCCUGAGGUUUGUGGCCCACGCCGCCUCCUUUGUGGUCUUCCUGUGCCUGCUGGUCCUGAACGCGGCCGAGCGCCUCCAGGUGGCGGCCAACACCAGCACCUCACAGCUGCUUCGCAUGAAGACCACUUCCUUCACCUGGGUGGAGGUCUUCAUCAUCACAUGGAUUCUAGGGAAGAUCUGGGAAGACUGCAAGAAGGUUUGGUCCCAGGACCUCAGGGAGUACGUCUCAGAACCUUGGAACCUUCUGGACUUCACCAUGGUGGCCCUCUUCACCAGCUCCUUCACGGCUCGACUGAUGGCCUUCCGGCACGCGUACGCCGCCCAGCGCUACGUAGACCAGCACCACACCCACCUGCCCUCCCACAUCCGGUACUUCCAGCUGGCUCGGGCUGACUGGGUGCCGUCGGACCCGCAACUCGUUUCCGAGGGCCUUUAUGCCGUGGCCGUGGUGCUGAGCUUCUGGCGCGUGGCCUACGUCCUGCCCGCUAACCAGAACUUUGGACCCCUGCAGGUUUCUCUGGGGAGAACUUUGAAGGACAUUUUCAAGUUCCUGGUGAUCUUCAUCACCGUGUUUGUGGCCUUCAUGGUGGGACUCUUCAACCUGUACUCCAACUACCUGGGCGCCAAGCACAACCCGGCCUUCACCACGCUGGAGGAAAGUUUUAAAACUCUCUUCUGGGCCAUCUUCGGCCUGUCGGAGGUGAAGUCUGUGGUGAUGGACACGGAGCACAAGUUCAUCGAGAACAUCGGCUACUUCCUGUACGGACUCUACAACAUCGUUAUGGUGGUGGUGUUGCUCAACGUGCUCAUUGCCAUGUUCAACAGCUCCUUCCAGGAGAUACAGGGUGACUGUGACGUGGAGUGGUUAUUCGCCAGAUCCAAACUGUGGUUGUCCUACUUUGAGCCCGUCAGUUCACUGCCUGUGCCGUUCAACCUGCUCCCACAUCUGGACUUCCUGCGGGGAGUCAAAGUGUGUCCCUGGCAGAAGAACAGAGAUGAAACGUUGAGUCAACAGGAAUAUAGCAGCAAGGACACGCCCCUUUGUCCCACACACCAUCAGAAGAUCAUGAAGCGCCUCAUCAAGAGACACAUCCUCAAAGCACAGCAAGAUAGAGAAAAGCACCAAGGAAGUGAAGGUGAGCUGAAGGAGAUCAAGCAGGACAUCUACAGUCUUGGCCAGGAGCUGCUGGAGGCCAGCAAGCAGGAAGUGAGCGCCCUGGUGGAGGUCAUCAGCCACCUGGGUGAGGUGUGACCAGGGACACUAGAUUAGGUACACGUUCCUUUCCAAACACUGACGUCACUGGAAAAAAAGGGUUAUAAUAUUUAGGUCAAUUUCUAAGGUUGGCCACACGGUGGUGCUGCCAUACAUUGUAAGAUGGGUGUUUGCAGGCUUUUUAUGUCAUUAUAUUGUUGACAUAUCCUCUGAAAUAUUAUAUUAAUAGGAAUAUAAUAUGUGUGAUGCGACCUUUAAAUGUCACAUUAAAAAGAGGAAUGAAGGAGAUAAGUUAUAAUAUUGUUUAUUAUAAUUGUAACCUUUUAAUACUGUAGUAUACUCUUAUCUUUAAAAUAACUGUGACCUUGUAAUACUGUAAUAUACUCUUAUCUUACACUUACAGACAAAAAUAGUGCCUUUAUUUUGAAAGAUGUCAAGUAGUAUAAGCAUUGCAAUAUCAACGGUGUCAAGGAGUAUAAAUACUGCACAUCAAAAAUGUCAAGUAGUAUAAAGUACUGCAAUAUCUAAGAUGUCUAGUAGUACAAGUACUGCAAUAUCAAAUAUGUCUAGUAGUAUAAGUACUGCAAUAUCAAAGAUGUCUAGUAGUAUAAGUACUGCAAUAUCAAAGAUUUCAAGUAGUAUAAGUACUGCAAUAUCAAAGAUGUCUAGUAGUAUAAGUACUGCAAUAUCAAGGAUGUCUAGUAGUAUAAGUACUGCAAUAUCUAAGGUGUCAAGUAGUAUAAUUACUGCA